AUGAAGAUUAGGCCAGCUCUCUCUCUCUCGACGUUAUUCCGAGGGUUCGGGGACCGCCUGCUAGCGGAGAUAAGGCGGCUGGCGCCCAAGGACAUGAAGAUUAGGACUAACUGGGGCUUGCUUAGCAUCAAGUAUCCGAUGGAGCACGGCAUCGUGACCGAUUGGAACGAUAUGGAGCGUGUGUGGAACUAUAUUUAUAGCAAGGACCAACUGUCAACGUUCUCGGAGGAGCAUCCAGUGUUGCUGACGGAAGCCCCACUGAACCCGCGUAGGAACAGAGAGAAAGCAGCGGAGGUGUUCUUCGAGACGUUCAACGUACCAGCCCUGUUUCUGUCCAUGCAGGCUGUGCUUAGUUUGUAUGCGACCGGUCGCACCACAGGCGUGGUGCUAGAUUCGGGAGACGGUGUGACGCACGCGGUGCCAAUUUACGAGGGCUUCGCUAUGCCGCACAGUAUUAUGCGGGUAGACGUAGCUGGGAGGGACGUCACUAGGUAUCUGAGGCUUCUUCUCCGCAAAGAAGGCGUAAACCUCCGCACGUCUGCGGAACUAGAAAUCGUGAAGGCCAUCAAGGAGCGCGCCUGUUACCUGUCGCCCAACCCGCUUAAAGAGGAAACUUUAGAGACGGAGCGGGCCCAGUACACGUUACCCGACGGGACACAGCUAGAGAUUGGACAAGCGAGGUUUAGAGCGCCAGAGGUAUUGUUCCGGCCAGACCUCAUCGGGGAGGAGUGUGAAGGCCUCCACGAAGUCCUUAUGUUCGCCAUCCAGAAGUCGGACAUGGAUCUCCGCAAAGUUCUCUACCAGAACAUAGUGCUGAGCGGCGGCUCGACGUUAUUCCGAGGGUUCGGGGACCGCCUGCUAGCGGAGAUAAGGCGGCUGGCGCCCAAGGACAUGAAGAUUAGGAUCUCAGCACCUCAAGAGCGUUUAUACUCCACCUGGAUAGGCGGCUCUAUUCUGGCGUCGCUCGACACUUUCCGCAAGAUGUGGGUUUCUAAGAGGGAGUACGACGAGGAAGGACACAGGGCGGUCCAUCGCAAGACUUUCUAGACUUAUUGUAGGUAAACUAGCAUUU